GAGGACAAGGGCAGUCGACCGAUAAUGCUGCUCGCAGAUGGUUGGCACCGCAUCGGCAUCUUCAAAGACCGGGAUGGAUGGCUUUGCUGUCUGGCUCACGAUGGAGUUGAGAUGCAGGAGAUUGUAAGGGAGAGGUGCUUCUGUGCCAUAACAUGCAACAGCGUCUGCACUGAUUCAUCAGCCAUGGAAUCCGAUGGCGAAUCAGUCGAUGGCAGCGGCAGCGAGGCUGACUCUGCAGAGUCAACACGACUUGCCGCGGAAGCCUCGGCAGACGAGCUGCCGGAGGAGAAAUCCGACGAUCAGACGUUCUUGGACAGCUACUGGCGCGGUGUGGUCGCCCGCGUCUUCACUGGAGGCACUGUGGAUUUGCUGGUUUCUUUCGGCUCUGAGCAUCCGGUGCUUGUGGACGGCGGCGCUCUGUGCCGAAAGGUUGGGUGGAAUGAUGCGGUCGAUUGGAGCCACGGGGGCCAGUGGCUGCAAUGCAUCUACAUCGCCGAGAGGAUCUUGGCCGGUUUGGUUGCCAAAGGCCUGGAGCUUCACGUCUUCUUCUUCUCGGAGGAGAUGGCUUUCCUACCGGUGAGGCAGCACCUGCUCUGGCUGCUCCUUUCCGAGCACCUCCGGCGAGCGAGGGUGCCCAAGGUGAGUCAUCAUCUCUUGGAAGGUUCCGUCAGCGAAGGGCGCUUCGUGGACUUGGUCAGAGCCACAGACCCGUCCUUCAUCUUGACGGACUUCAAUUGCCCCUUCCCUGACCUGGGUGCCCAGAACGCCCUCCUCCAGGACCGCUCCCAGAUCAGAUCCUGUUUCUUCGUUCAUUGGCUGAGCCAGAUCGACCUCCCGGUGGUGGACAUGGAAGCGCUGUCAACGACCGGCCCAAGGCUGCGCGGGAAGUACUUCGAGUUGGAGAGACUCAGAUGCUCCGCUACACCCUUCGCGUUCUUCAAGCAGCGCCUGGGGUGCUUGUUCCGGUCCACCACGGCGCUGCCAGACCCAAGGCCCUUGCUGGAAGGGUCCUUGAGACGGAGCCUGUCCCUCUUGGCCUUGAGAGAGAUUUUGCCAACUUCCAAAGAGCACGGGCUUUGUGCGGUCUUCUGCACCUGCCUGGCCUUAGCGGAGACCUUGCCGCUGGAGGAACGUUGCAUCCCCUCUGAGUCGUUGGCGUCCCUUCCAUCCGAGCUUCAGCUCCCGCUGUUCUUGCACCGGCUGCACCUUGGCAUGAUCCGUGCGCUUUACGCGACGCGAGGCGGUGCUGAGUUUGAUGGAACCUUGGGCGACAUCUUCGAUGGCCGGCUCUUCCAUCAUGUCACGGCUUGCUGCCUGCAGGGUGACCUGGGCAGCUUCCCAGGCGCCAUGGAGUCCGCGAAGGUUCUUUGGCAGGAGCUUGGGGCGACAGACUUCCGUGAAUCGCUUGAAGACUUGCGCCGGGAUGUGCCAUGGAAAGGGCAGGAGACAGAUCCCAAACCGAGCCGUCAGAGCAAUCGUCUUUCCAUGGCCCCGGAGUCUCUGGAGAGGGAGCUACCCUGGCUUCCAGGCGCCCUGGGCGACAUGUUUGAUAGGCCUCGGCAGACGGCUUGGUCAGCUGAGAGUUCGCUCAGGGACUGCAGCCCGCAUCACUUCCAUAGCUGCACGCCGCUGGACGACUCCGAGCCGGAUGCCUUUCUUAUCAAUAGAGGUGACAACAUGCGGAAGCUGCUGGUGGAGAACGAGAUGCGGCUUCAGGCGCUUCUGAAGUUGCUGAAGCAGGAUGGUACUGUGCAGAUUCCUCGGGGGCAGAAGAGGGAACGCUGGAUGUUUCAGAUCUCGGCCAGGGGAGUUUCCUUCAAGCUGGAAAAGUUGACAGACCCCAACCACGCCGAUGCUCCGGUCAAGAGCCUGGCUCAUCUCAAGGAGCUGCUGGGCACGGUGAAGGCGUUUCCCAUCCUGCUGAGCUUCCGCAUGACGGUCUCGGCCUUCAAUUCUCAACGGAGGGCGCAGCAGAGCGCGGGGCGGAACCAGAAGUUCUUGGAGUCGUUGCUGGAGGGCAGCCCUGCGCCACGCCAGACCAUCAGUGAGAAGUGGGAGAAGUCCAAGGUGCAGGAGCUGCAAGAGGCUGCGUUGGCACGUCUUGCAGGCAGUGCGGUGAAGGAGGCGCGCAAGAAGGGCAGCCCCAGUCGGACAGACAAGGCGAAGCAGCAAGCCGAGGCAUCUCGACAGCAGAAGCAGUUGAAGCAAAGCUUGGAGAAGAUCAACACGCUGAAGGAGCAGUUUAAGCAAGCAGAUGAGGUAUCGAAGUCCCGACGGGUUGCAGAGUUGCUGAAACAGUUGCAAGGUUGGUGGGCUGAUGGACAGCAGGAGGCUUUCUCCGAAGCAGGCAAGCUUGGCUUGAAGACUUGUCAAGACUUGGACGAGACUUGCCCUCUAGACAGAUCGCAGAAGAAGCGCAGCUUCCAGGUUUUGCAGCAGAUUCUGCGAACUUGUGGCGGGCCCCAGGCCAUACAAGACGGUGAGCUCCUUCCAAAGCUGCAGAAGCUCGCAUUGAAACACUUGAAGAUGCCAGUGCUUGCAAGCGCCUUAGGACCCGGGAAGGAGCCCAAGGACUCCAAGUCCAAGAAGGAGAGAAGAGAGAAAGGAGGCGAAGUGGGAGCCAGUUGCCCCUUCCGUUUUCAGCUGGCUACAGUGCCUGAGCAUUUGGCAAGGCCGAUGGGCUCAGCAGAUCCUCGUGUGCAGGGUUUCAAGCCGGAUGGGUGGCAGUCCACUUUGUUGGAUGUCGCGGAUGCUCGGCAAUCAGCCCUGGUGCAGGCGCCCACGGGCUCAGGCAAGACCUUCAUCGCUUUCUACGUCAUGGAAAAGGCCCUCAGGACCAGUGACGAGGGCAUUGUGGUCUAUGUUUGUCCCACCAAGGCACUAGCCAACCAAGUCCAUGCCGAGAUCGAAGCUCGCUUCGAGAAGUCCUACCGGGACGGCCGGCCUUUCUGCGGCAUCUUCACCCGCGACAGGCGCUCCGAGCGGCUUGCGGAGUGUCAGAUACUGGUGACGGUGCCCCAGUGCUUGAUCAUCUACAUGCUGAGCCCCACGGCGGGCAUGCAUGCAUGGGUCCAGCGGCUGGAGUAUGCCAUUCUGGACGAAGUUCAUUGCCUUGGUGGCGAGAACCUUGCCUGCGCUGUAGACAAUUUGUCGUUCAUGGCUUUGUCCUUCGCUUGCGUGUUACAGCGUGUUGGGAAAGAGCUGCGCGGCUGGUGGGGGACUGGAGAAGUUUGGGAGCAGAUUUUGUCACUUCUAACUUGCCCCAUUCUGGCAUUGUCUGCCACCCUGGGGCAGAGCGAGGACUUCACGUCUUGGAUGCGAAAGCUGCAAUCUCAGCAGCAACGAGAGCUUCAUGUACUACAGCAGCUGGGUCGUUUCAACGACCUUCAGCCGUGGGUUUUUGAUGGAGAGCAUUUGCAUCGACUUCACCCAUUCUUUGCCCUUCGGCCCGCCGUUCAUGCCUCCGCUCGGGAGAAAAUCAGGCCCGAGAAUCUCCAUCUCAUCCCCGAGGACACCCUGCAGCUCUAUGAUGUGCUCAGCUCCAAGGCUAAGGCUGACCUGCAAACCUUGGCCCCAGAGACCUACUUUGCUUCCUUGCCGCAGGGCUCAUGGAACCUCAGUAUGCAGGAGGUGCAGCAGUGGUCCAAGUCGCUGGGAGAAGCUUUCGACAGGGCAGUGCGCGACGUGCAGGUAGAGGUGGUUCAUGAGCUGACAACGGAGGCAGGUGCAGCCUUCGGAUGCAUCGAGGAGGACCUGCGGCGCAAAGGGUCACAAGAAUACUUGGAGGCUCGCUUUGGUUCUUUGGCUGAGGAGCUGCAAUCUGCGGACAUGCUUCCAGCCAUCGUUUUCCAUGACAGCCGAGUUGGAUGCGAACGCCUGGCCCUUGCAUUGGGUGAUCACUUGCGAGCAAAGGUGAAGAAGUAUCGCCGAGAUGAGAAGGUACAGUCCAAGAUAGAUGCCUUGGUCAGGCGCUUGAAUCAGAUUCCAGUACCCGAGGGCCGAGUUGGGAAAGAUGGCGUUCUGAUUCUCACACCGGAGGAGUUCGACGACGUGCAGCAGCGGAAGAGCCUGGCCACGGCCAUCUCAUUACUUGAAGCGAUUCCUCGGGAGUGUACAGUGACUCCACCGGGCCGCACUCAGCUGACGAACUCUGAGCUUGAAGAGGAGUUUGAUGAAAAGAGAGAUCCCUUCAAUCCUUCCCGUCCCUUGCACAGCCUUCUUCUUUAUGGUAUUGGUGUCCAUCAUGCUGGCUUGCCCGCGGUCUAUCGGCAGGCGGUGGAGCGCUUGUUUCGCAUGCAGCGCUUGGGUGUCGUGGUGUCGACAUCCACCUUGGCCCUCGGCAUUAACAUGCCUUCGAAGACCUCCGUCUUUGCAGGGGACUCCAUCUUUCUGAGCCCCAUGCAGUUCCAACAGGAGGCUGGGAGGGCGGGCCGGCGCGGCUUUGACCUCCGGGGUCACAUCGUGUUCUUCGGCUUGCCGGGCAAGAAGGUCCAGAGGCUUCUGGUCGGCGAGCUGCCAAGGAUUGAGGGCAGCAUCCCCAUGACCGCGUCUUUGACUUUGAGGCUCUUGAUGAAAGCUCAGGUGCUGCCACAGGCGGAAGACUCUGUGGCGCGGGCAGUCGGUCGUUUGGCCACUUGCCCCCUCUUCUGCCCAUCGCCAAGCAUUCCAUUCCAACAGGCACACCUCUUCCAGUUUUUCGCCCAGCAUGUCUUUGCGGAAGGCUUCCUGGGACCUGCUCGCCAGGUGACGGACUACGCUGGCUUUGUGGCGCACAUCUGGUGGGAGGAGCCAGGGAACUUCGCACUGGUCUCACUUCUCCAGGAGCGAGGCGUCUUGACGGAGUUGUGCCAGGGCCCACGCAAGAAUUUGGUGGCAGUGCUCUGCAACUUCUUUCAUCGCCGACCCCUUGAGCGAUGGCACUUCCGAACGCGUCUCAAGAAGAGGCUCAAGUCCUCCGUGGUAGAGUUGCCUGCUCUGCCUGAGAAGAUCACGAGCAUCUUGAGGCAGCAAGCCAGGAGGAUGCUGCAAGCCGUGAUCUGGCAGCUCCAGCGCCUGGUCUCGAGCCUGGAGAACCCCAACUGCGCCCUACCCCUGAGCAAGGUGCAGCCCUGCACCUCCACUCCCUCUAAAGCCUUGAGAUCCCCGUUCAUGGCACUCUCCGGCCGCAAAGACGACUUCGUGAGCUUGCAGGAGCUUUGCUCCGAGCUGCGUGAUGAUCUCCACUUAGAUCCUGAGAUGUUCCCGGUGCUGGAGGUCGCCCCUGAUGUGCCAGCCGUGCGGCUCAACGCCUAUCUGCUGGAUUUCUACCAGCAUGGCCAAGUUGAUGCGCUGGAGCUCGACAACAGGAUCCCGCACACCGAAUACUGGAAACUUCUCGAGGACUUCAUGUUCUUCCUGAGGGCCCUGUCCUCGGUGGCCAAGCACCGCCAGCAACGGGCCCAGCAACGAGGGGAGGCCAUGGAGCUCGGUGAGGAGGUCAUCGUGGGCGCUUUCGAAGCGAUCAGUACGCAGUUCGAGGCAGAGGGAAAAGGUAAAGACAAGCUGACCUCUUCGGAAGAAGGUAAAGUAAAGGAAGGGUGGCCGUCUGAAGUUGGAAGUCAAGCUAUGGCGCGGUCACACCAAGAACGAGUGUGGAGAGGUUCUUUGAUGCUGGCAGGCUCCUUGCUGGUGGCAACCCAACUCAGUCCGAGUGCUGUCUUCGCCCAUUGCCGUCGACUUGUGCAUCGCACAUCUGGCAUCGCUAGCCGAAGGCUUGCCAUGGGCAAACGAGCGUCCAAAGCCGACGCAAGCGUGGCGCAGGCCGGCCUACAGGAUUUCGCUUCAGCCGUACAGAGGCAGCUCCGAGAGAAGCAGCGCUUGAUUCGCACCUUUGACGUCGGCGGCACAGGCGUGAAGACGGGCCUUUUCACCGCGACAGCUUUGCAAGCUUUCUUCGAGAGCUCUGCUGCAGGCCCUCACACCGAUGGGCCACAUGAAGCUGCAGAGCAGGGCCCUGUGCAGUAUGCAGAGCUCGAGUGGGUGGAGCGGCCCACACAGCUGGGACAGGCACCAGGAGAGGAUGGCUUUGAUGCCUGGUUGGAGGAAGCGCUUCCCCGACUUAGGCAGGAGAAGGCGACUGCAAAUGUCGUCUUUGGCGUCUCCACCGCCGGGGAUGUGGAACACCGCACCGGCAUACUCCACGACUGGUGGUCUGCUGGGGGCCAUCCACGGCAGUGGGACGACUCCAGGCCUGAUCCCCAUGUGGCGGAUCUUAUGGGUCUUCCCAGAGACCGGACAUUCAUUCUCCACGACGGCGCAGCCCACUUGCUGGGCUGCAGCCGGCAGAUUGUACCCAUACCUCGGCUGGCUUGCCUUUCUGUUGGGACCGGUGUUGGUUUCGGCAUCUCCGACGAGGACGGCGCAAUUCUGGAUCCGUUCUCCCCGGCAGGAUCGCGAAGUCACUUGCUGAAUGGUGUCCCACUCUCAGGUGCACCGUAUCGGGGCAUUUGGCGAAGCUGUGUGGAAGAAACAGAUCACGUUGACGAUGUCGAGAAGGUCAUGGUCAGGGAGUUCGCGGGCAUGGGACGGCCAUGGAACAUGCCGUGGGUGAGCCUGGUGUUGGGCCGACGGGGCAUGGAGCUAGCAGAAGCAGCUUUCGGCUGCCAGCCUCCUAAACCUCUUGAAGAGGAGGCUGACGAAGGCCGACAGGUCGCGCCGGCCAACGAUGCUGAGCGCAAGCCGGCAAGCACUGCCUAUGCGAACCAGUGGCUGCACUUCCUGAACACUCA